AUGGCCAAGGCCAAGUCUGAAAAGAGCUUGGCGUCCUUCUUGCCAGCCUCAUCAGCACCUGGUGGCAAGGUUGGCUUCGCGGACAAGGUCUCUGCUUUGCAGCCAGAGGUGAACACCUCGAAGGGCAAGGAGAACGUCUAUGUGGGCUUCCGAAAUGGCCAGGGCCAACGGGAUGGCUUUGGUGUGAUGCAAGUGGAAGACGGGCCCACCUACACUGGGCAAUGGAGUGGCAGCAAGAGGGAGGGCCAUGGGACUCUCUUCUUUGAGACGGGGGUCUUUGAAGGACAGUGGGUCUCCGGCAAAGCGCAUGGACGAGGAAUGGUACACUUCAAGAACGGUGAUACCUUCCAAGGGUCCUACGCGGACAACCGGAAGAUGGGCCAUGGCGUUUACACCUGGUCGGAUGGCACUGUGGAGUCGGGACAGUACUUGGAGGGGCAGAAACAUGGCGCACAUACGUGGAGCCGUGGCAAGGAGCGCUGGGAGAUGGUCUACGAGAAGGGAACCUUGGUGGCGACUCAACGCUUGGAUCAGCCGGACGCCGCAGUCCCCGGCGCGACGCCUGCGGAGGGGUCCGCGCAGCGCGCGGAGGAGGGGAGCCCCAGCAGGGAGUUCGUGGCGCAGAAGUGGAUGACGGAUGAGGCACGUGUUGUGCCCCGGCCAACUCCACCCCCCAGCCCGCCGAAGCAGCCGAAGCCUGUGCAGCCGGGCCCUUUGAAGGCUGGCGGCAGUUCCACCGUUCUCCAUGCGGCUCUCAGCGCUUCGCAUGCUUCGCAAACCGCCGCGCCCUCCGGCGCCGCGCACGACGCGCCCUCCGGCGCCGCGCGCUUCGCAGCGCCGAGCGCCUCGUGGCGGUGUCGCUCGGAUAGCGGCUUUCGAGCUCAAGGCUUUACAGAUGAAGAGAUCGCCCGACCCGAGGCCCUCCGAGUUCGCCGUCAGGGCGCGAGAGUCGGGAGAAAGCGCAGAGUCGAGUUUGCUCCGCUUCUCGCACACGGCCUGCUGCCAAAAGCCUUCCCAAAGCCGGGGGCACCACACUGCAGUCAGGAGCUGCUUCCCGCGGACCAGCUGUGCCUGCCGUCGCGCCGACGGUUCGGCCACAAGCGGCGCAGGCCCCGCAAGCCACGCCAGGGCGCAGUGCUGGCAGCAGCUCCUCAGUCGCGGCACAGGCGGAUGCGGCGGGCGGCGGUGCUGUGGGUGCCAGUGAAGAGGUGCUAA